AUGGCUGCCGCCGUCAACUCUUCGUCGACCUUUAGCUCCGUGCUUGCUACUUCCAAGUUCACGGCUGCUGGUCUUCCUCCUCAGAUUGACUAUGUCAUUGACACAAUCACCUCUGCCAGUCCAUGGACUCUGCUCCUGACGCUCGUCGCCAUGUGCGUCGUCUACGACCAGAUUUCGUACUUUCUCAACAAGGGUAGCAUCGCCGGUCCUCUGUUCAAGACGCCCUUCAUUGGCCCGUUCCUGGAGUCCAUGGACCCCAAGUUUGAGGAAUACCAUGCCAAGUGGCUGAGCGGUCCCCUCAGCUGCGUUUCCGUCUUCCACAAGUUCGUCGUCAUUGCUUCCACCAGAGAUCUUGCCCGCAAGGUCCUCAACUCGCCCGCCUACGUCAAGCCUUGUGUCGUCGAUGUCGCCCACAAGCUGCUCGGACACGACAACUGGGUCUUCCUUGACGGCAAGGCCCACGUCGACUUCCGCAAGGGCCUCAACGGUCUCUUCACCCGCAAGGCUCUCGAGCUCUACCUGCCCGGCCAGGAGGAGGUAUACAAGACCUACUUUGAGCGCUUCGUCAAUGUCACCAAGAAGGCUGGCGGCAAGCCCAUCCCCUUUAUGCCCGAGUUCCGUGAGCUCAUGUGCGCCGUCUCUUGCCGCACUUUCGUCGGCCACUACAUCAGCGACGAGGCUGUCAAGAAGAUUGCCGACGACUACUAUCUCAUCACUGCCGCUCUCGAGCUUGUCAACUUCCCGAUCAUUAUCCCCUACACCAAGACUUGGUACGGCAAGAAGGCUGCCGACAUGGUCCUCGCCGAGUUUGCCAAGUGUGCCGCCAAGAGCAAGGUCCGUAUGGCCGCGGGUGGUGACAUUACUUGUAUCAUGGACGCCUGGAUUAUUCAGAUGAUCAAGUCUGACCGCUGGCGCGAGGCCCAGGAGAAGGGCGAGGAUGCUGGCGAGAAGCCCUCUCCCAUUCUCCGCAUGUUUGGCGACUACGAAAUCUCCCAGACCAUCUUCACCUUCCUCUUCGCCUCUCAGGAUGCCACGAGCAGUGCCGCCACCUGGCUGUUCCAGAUCACUGCCCAGCGCCCCGAUGUCCUCGACCGUAUUCGUGAGGAAAACCUCAAGGUUCGCAACGGCGAUCCCAACGCCGAUCUCACCAUGGACCAGCUCGAGUCUCUCACUUACACCCGCGCUGUCGUUCGUGAGCUCCUCCGCUACCGCCCUCCUGUGCUCAUGGUUCCCUACCUCGUCAAGAAGGCGUUCCCCAUCACCGAGAACUAUACUGUCCCCAAGGGCUCUAUGCUGAUUCCGACCACAUACCUGGCCCUGCACGACCCCGACGUGUAUGAGAACCCCGACAAGUUCGACCCUGACCGCUACUACAUUGGCGAUGCCGAGGAGAAGGGCGCCAAGAACUACCUCGUUUUCGGCACUGGCCCUCACUACUGCCUUGGCCAGGUCUACGCUCAGCUCAACCUUGCUCUGAUGGUUGGAAAGGCCUCUGUUCAGCUAGACUGGACUCACCACGCCACCCCUCUUUCUGAGGAGAUUAAAGUGUUUGCCACAAUUUUCCCCAAGGACGACUGCCCCCUCACCUUUGAGAGGCGACAGUAA